AUGGAAAAUGAUGAUCUAUGCGAAUUGAAUGACCUGAAUGAAGAUGCUAUCCUUAACAUACUUGAGAAGAGGUAUGCUUCUGGGAGGAUUUAUACCAAAUCUGGAUUGGUGUUUCUGGCUCUUAAUCCGUAUGAGAGCAUAAAUCCUUAUGACAGAAAGUCUCUACAGCCAUUCUCUGAUUCUACUGGCAGCACGCACGUCCAUGAUGUGGCGGAGGCAUCUUACCAGGAUUUACUUGUGCAUGGGAAUCAGACCAUUGUAAUUAGUGGAGAGUCGGGAUCCGGAAAAACAGAAAAUACAAAGCUUGUUAUAAAGUAUUUAGUAGAAAGAACUGCAAGCAACACAUCCAUUGAGAGAAAAAUAACGGCAGCUAAUGCUAUUUUAGAAGCAUUUGGAAAUGCUCGGACCAUUCUUAAUGAUAAUAGUUCGAGGUUUGGAAAAAGAAUCAAGCUGAUAUUCGACGGAAAAAUAACUGGAGCCAGAUUUGAAACGUAUCUUCUUGAAAAGAGCAGGGUGACACACCAUGAAACUGGAGAGAGGAAUUUUCACAUAUUCUAUCAAUUUUGCGCUUCUAAGGACUUCAGAAUAAAGAAUGAUUUUAUUGAUACUUCAAGCCACCUGGGAAAUAAAGAAAGCAUUGUACAGCUGUCGGAAAAUUAUGUGGCAACAUGUUCUGCAAUGAAAAGUGUAGGAAUAACUCGUAUAAAGGAGAUCGAGGAUUGCCUCUUAGGAAUUCUAUAUUUAGGAUCUAUUCAAUUCAGCGACGAUGGGAUUUUGAAAGUUAUUAGAAAUGAAUGCUUCACCGAAUUUUGUAAACUUCAUCACAUUCAAGAAGAAGUGUUUGAGGAAUCUUUAGUCAAAUUUUCCAUUCAGGUCAAGGGAGAAACGAUUGAAGUCUUCAAUACUUUGAAGCAAGCAGUCACAAUAAGAAACUCGAUGGCUAGGCUGUUAUAUUCGAAUAUAUUCAACUAUAUCACAGCAUCUAUAAACAAUUGCCUAAGUGGAAGUGGAGAGCUUUCUAUUUCUGUUCUCGAUAUAUUUGGAUUUGAGAUUUUUGAAAGCAACGGACUUGAUCAACUUUGCAUAAAUUGGACAAACGAGAAGAUCCAGAAUGACUUUAUCAGAAAGGUUUUCAGAGAAAAACAGGAAAUGUACAAAGAGGAAGGCAUCGAGUGGAAAGAUGUUGAGUUCUUUGAUAACAACCAAUGUAUUAUUGAUUUCGAAAAGCCUUGUGGGCUUAUGGACCUGAUAAGUGAGGAGAGCUUUAAUGCAUGGGGAAAUACCAAGAAUCUAAACAUGAAGAUAAAAAGCUAUCUAAAUGGAAAUAUCAAAACUAAAUUUGAUGAUAAGAUAAUUGUAUCUCAUUAUGCAGGAGAUGUGGAAUACGAUCUUAGAUUGUUCUUAGACAAGAAUAGAGAAAAGGGAAGCCUAAAGAUAUUCAAGAACGAUCUUAUUGUUGAUGAGCAAAGCAAAGAGGACUUGGUAAAGUACUUUAAAGAUUCGAUGAAUAAGCUACUUCACUCCAUAAAUGAAACUCAGGCAAAAUAUAUCAAAUGUAUAAGGCCAAAUGCUUAUAAGAAGCCGAAAGCAUUCGACAGAUCGCUAGUAUCAAAGCAGCUUGCAGAGUGUGGGAUUUUGGAAACUAUAAGAGUAAGUAAGCAAUGCUUCCCACAGGAAAUAAGGAAAGAUAAGUUUGAAAACCGCUAUAGAAUUUUAGGAUCUACAUUAUUUGAGAUGGUUGACGUAAAAAAAGGGAAAACCAGAUACUUCAUGAGUAAUGAAACUCUGAAGAUCCUAGAAAUACGUAGAUUUUUAUUUCAUGACGAGUGCUUCAGAAAUAUCAGGAGUGCCUUGAGAAGUUACUUGAGCAGAAGAAGUGUUGAUAAAAAGCAAGGCAUUACAUUUGUGAGCAAGUCAGUGGACGGAAGUGUUCCACCUAUAGAGCACGAUUCCAUGGAACUUCUAGUAGAGGGAGAUGGAGAUACUGAGGAGCUACAAGAUUCAAAGGAAGGCGCUGAAGAGCAACGGAGCUACAAGGAGAUCAUACGGGAUCUAGAACUAAAGAUCGAGCAAUACAAAAGAUUCUGUGAGGCCCCUUGUAGGAACUGUAAAUCCCUUGAACUGAAAUAUAGAUUUCAGAGUGAGGCUUUAAAGAAAAAAAAUAUGGUUGAGUUAGAACUUGAGAAAUAUAAGGCAAAAGUUGAGGAUCUUGAAAGGCUGCUUUCAGAAAGAGAGGAGGAUGAUGAUUCACAAAUGAGUGUAUCAUUUACUAAUUCCUAUAAUGUGUUCAGUUGCCUCGUACAAUUAUAUUUGGAAUUUGUCCCUACAUUUUCCAAUGAAGAAGUACCCAAGCCUGAAGCUUUAAGCCUCGCACAUUCUGCACUUUAUGCUGUGAAUAAGCUUGGGAAGGAUGUAGUAGAAAGCUCUGUGUGUAUUAUGAACGAAAUUAGCCUCAAGUUGCACAUGUUCGAAAGGAACAUACAUAAAGUUUCCUUCAUCCUAUCUAACCUCAUUGAAUACGAAAGUAUCCUUCGUGGGCAUGGAAUUAAUAAUGUAAGCGAGAUCAAAAAUCUCAUAUCCAUUUUAUUCAAGCAUCUUUGCGAGCUUCAAAGAAGCUCUCUUCUUGAGGUUCUACCGCACGCUGUCUUAGAACAUCAGCAACUAUCAAAAUUCAAAUGCAAAGAAGGAUACUUCAAGAAAAUAUUCAAACCUCCUCAUAUUUCUAAGCUUAUACGUCUUUUGGAGUAUUUUUAUCACCAGAUGUCCUAUUAUUAUAUUCCAGACAUAUAUAUCAUGGAAUCUGUCAAUUAUCUCUUGAAAACCAUCAAUGUUUCUGUCUUCAAUGAAAUUUUGGUAAAAAAAAAUUUCCUUUCCUUCAACCGAGGAGUUCAGAUAAACUACAAUGUAAAUGAGAUAGAUAAGUUCUGUAGAAGUAUAAACUACUUAGAGGGGAUGUUUAAUCUAUCCCAUACUACAUCAAUAAUAAGGCUCAUCAAUCUUGUUGAAUCUCGAGCAACAGCAGACUUGAUUUUGGACGAAUGCUCUAUUUUGAAUUGUGUUCAGAUAAAUGAAAUUGUAUCGAAGCUCGAUGCCGAAGCUUCAUACUUUUUUGGUAAUGAUAAUAGAAAUGAGAAGUUUAUUUCAGAUCCAACUGUAACCUUACCUUCAUAUACAGGUGUAUCUUCACAUUCUUUUAUAUGUCCCAGGUACUUGCCUUCAGAAAGCCUCCUAUCCAUUCUGAAGUCAAUAAGAUGA